CCGUACAGUAUAUACUGAUAAUGGAAACAUUUGAUACAUAAUAGUACUACACAUGUUGUUUAUAUUUGGUUAUAUUUAGUAAAUAUUUAUGAUAACAAUGGUAUUAACACAAGAAGUGUAUCAUUUGUUAAUACUUUACGGUUCAGAAACAGGAAAUUGUGAAGAGUUGGCCAAAAGCAUAGGUCGAGAGGCAAUCAAUAGAGGCAUUGACUGCAAUGUCUUGGAGUGCGAUGAUUAUGAUGUCUCACAACUGAUUGACCAAAAGUUAGUAUUAUUUGUCUGUUCAACAACAGGUGUGGGCGAAGAACCAAAUAAUAUGAAGAAUUUUUGGGCAUUUAUUCGCCGAAGAGAUCUACCGAAUGACUCAUUGUCUUCAGUUUAUGUAUCAGUUAUAGGUUUAGGUGACUCUUCGUAUUCAAAGUAUAAUUUUGUGGCCAAAAAGUUACACAAAAGGUUGUUAUGUUUGGGUGCAAAACCAUUAACUGAUUUGGUCUUAGGUGAUGAUCAGCACGAGUGCGGACCAAAUGCAACGAUAGAUCCUUUUUUGUCAAUUUUUUGGGACAAAGUGUUUGACUUUUAUUCAAUUAUCAACAACUUUGAGAACCUCUCACUAACUCAAGAUUUGGAUCAACUUUUUACUUCUAGUUUUAGUGUUAAAUAUGUCAAUGAAAAUGACAGACAAAAUGAAAUAACUAAUUAUAAGAGCAGUCCAUUUGAUAAACACAAUCCAUAUUUGGCUAAAGUUUUAUCAAAUGAGAGAAUUACAGCCAAAGAUCACUUUCAAGACGUAAGACUUAUAAAACUUGGAAUAAAUGACAAACAAUUAAAUUAUAGUUUAGGAGACGUUUGUUGUAUUAAACCUCAAAAUAGUAAAGAAAAUGUACAAAAGUUUAUAUCACUUCUUAAUUUAGAUGAAAAUGAAUAUUUUGUUUUGGAUGCAAAUCCUCACAAUUGGAUUAAUAGAAAGUCAUAUUACAAUAACCUACCGAAACCUUGUUCGGUGUUAACAUUGGUUACCGAAUAUUUGGACAUUCAGUCGGUCCCAAAGCGCUCUUUUUUCCAACUCUUUUACAGAUUCAGUGAUUUUGAAUUAGAAAAACAAAAACUUAAAGAAUUUGCAAAAAGUGAUUCAUUGGAUGACUUAUACGAGUACUGCAAUCGUCCGAAACGGUCUAUUCUGGAAGUGCUUCAAGACUUUCCUCACACAACGGCUCGAAUCAAAUUUGAAUAUAUUUUUGAUUUAAUUCCAGCCAUUAAUCCGCGAUAUUAUUCCAUCGCUUCAUCACUUAAUGUACGACCAAAUGAAUUACAUUUAUUAGUUGCUGUCGUUAGUUAUAAGACUCGACUUAAAGACUUACGAUAUGGACUUUGCUCUAAUUGGUUGGCCAUUCAGUUACCAUCAGAGGAUAGUUGUGUUGCUAUUUAUAUAAAAAAAAGUAAUUUUAAGAUUGUAACCGAUAACAAACCAAUUAUAAUGAUAGGCCCGGGAACAGGUGUGGCGCCAUUUCGGGCUUUCAUUGAAGAUCGAGUCAAUAGACAGGUCACAGAUAACUAUCUAUUUUUCGGAUGUCGUUACAAAAAAUCAGACUUUUAUUUUGAGAACGAAUGGAAACAAUACAAUGAAAUGGGAUUUUUGAACUUUUUUGUAGCCUUUUCUAGAGAUACCGAUACCAAAGUCUAUGUCCAACACAAACUCUCGCAACAAAAAGAUCUUAUUUUUAAUUUGAUUACCGAUAAGAGUGCUGUUAUUUAUGUGGCGGGAAAUGCAAAACAAAUGCCACAACAAGUUAGACAAAGUAUUUGUGAUAUUUUCAAAAGUCAUUUUAAUGAACAGUUAGAUAACGAUAAGAUCCAACAAAUUGUCAAUAAUUUGGAACUAAGAGGAAGACUACAAUAUGAGUGUUGGUCUUAAUAUUUGUGUGAUUAAAAUAAAUGAAUUUAUUUAAUACUUUAUUAGUUUUUAUUGACUUAAGUUAUGAGUAAAACAACAAAAUAAUA